AAGAGAAGCCCUAUUCUCUAGGUUGAGACUCCACAUACUGUGUAUAUGCAAGUGAUAAAUUUUUUCUUAAACGCGGAGCAUCAGAGAAAUCUUGUUCACUCCUCUCUUAGGAAUAGCUCCCACGCUGCAAGUUGGUUGAUCCCAGCCAGACUACACUUCCUCUUCAAUAAUUGCCAGUACAAAUUCUUACUAUUUGCUCGUUGAUGUUUGGGAUUUUUAAAAAAAAAAAAAAAAAAAUUUAUCUUUGAGCUCAGUUAGAAAAUGAAUCUAAUAUAUUACCCCCACCCUCUACUCACUCAGGACCACUCGAACUUGGGUUCUCAAACUCCAUAAGCCUUUAAGACUUGGGGAAGUACCACUCUGCCCAACGUGGGUAGUGGUUGAUGUUUGGGAUUUUAAUUACUCUGUUUUCAGCUAUAUAGGUGCAUGUCCUGUAAUUUUUAUUGCUUUGCUAUUUAUUUAUUCUCUUUAUUUGUCCUUGUAUAUCAAUUGUAUUUUCUUUUGAAAAAGGACUACCUUUUUAUUUAAAUGUAAUUGUUUCUUCUUAUUAGCAAAAAAAAAAAAAAAAAAAAAAAAGAGUACUUGUUUCCUUUAUUUAUCUUGUGAAUUUCCACCACGCAUGCAUUAGCCCUCUCUGCUCUGCUGCCUGUCUAACCUUCAAUGUGGACAGUAAUGCAAAUUAGGUUGAGUACUUAAAAAAUUCUAGUAUCAUAUAAAAAGUUACAAUUUUUGCUAUAAUUAUCUUAUGUGACAAAUUAUAAUUGACUGCUUGUCACUUUCACAUGAUCUUCAUAGAAAUAUGUAUUUCACCAAUUCUUUUUUUGAGAUAGUGCUGAUCAUCACUUUUUUACCACCAUUUAUUAUUAAGUACUUGAACAGUUGUAACAAAAGUUACGAUUUUUUACUUACAUCUAAUUUUUUUUUAUUAUGAACCUAGGUCAGGGCCCAUCUUUGUACCUGUGUAUGUCAUGAAUGCUUUUUGCUUUUCAUAGCCAUAGUUCGGUUUAAUAUCAUUAAUUUGUGUGUGUGUGUGUUUUCUCAAGCUGGGGGAACAUAUGCAACAACUUGUGAAGCUAAAAACUCAUAAAAGAAAAAAAAGGAACCUGUGAAGCAAAAAUUGUUUUCCUUUGUCCUGAGUGAUCACAUUACAAAUAAUGGAGUUCGAGGAAGGAUUGGAGCCAGUAAGUCCUACUGGACAGUACUUCAACAGCUCUGUGCUAUCAGUAUCCAUUAUUGCUGUUAUGGAAUUUGAGAUUCCAAUCAACAACCUGCCCUCCAUAGGGUCAUUGGUCAAAGAUGUGUUCCUCCCCAUCAAUCCUCGUUUCUCCUCCAUUAUGGUCACAGGUGAAAAAGGUGAGAAACAAUGGAAAAGAGUAGAAGUGAAGCUUGAAGACCACAUUAACGUUCCCAUUUUCCCUAUUGGAUUGUCACCUGAUUCAUAUGACGAAUAUUUUGAUGACUACAUAUCAAAGAUAGCAAUGAACCAUUUUCCACAGAACAAACCACUGUGGGAGAUUCACAUUGUUAAAUAUCCAACAAGCAAUGCUGCUGGUACUAUCAUAUUCAAGCUUCACCAUGCUCUUGGUGAUGGCUACUCUCUCAUGGGUGCACUUCUUUCUAGUAUGCAAAGAGCUGAUAAUCCUUCUCUUCCGCUAACAUUUCCCUUUCGCCAACGCUCAGAGUCAAAAAGUGACAGGUUAAGCAGAGGGGUGUCCCAACUCGUUUCCUUGAUCUUUAACACUAUACAUGAUUUUGGAUGGAGCAUGUUAAAGAGCAAUUUGAUUGAAGAUGAUCCAACUCCGAUAAGGUCUGGGGAAAAAGGAGUGGAGUUUCGACCAAUUACAAUAUCAACUAUGACAUUUUCUCUGGAUCAUAUCAAAUUUAUUAAGGACAAGCUUGGAGUGACCAUAAAUGAUGUAAUUACUGGUAUAAUCUUCUUUGGCACCCGGUUAUAUAUGCAAGAGGUUAGCCAGAAAUCAAGCAAAGCGGAUUCCACAGCAAUAGUGUUGCUCAGUACAAGGACGGUUAAGGGCUACAAGUCAGUCAAAGAGAUGAUCAAACCUGAAUCCGAUACACCAUGGGGAAACCAAUUCGGUCUCUUACAUGUAUCAAUACCAAAGUUCACAAAUCUUAAAUCCUCAAACCCCCUUGAGUUUGUUUUGAAAGUGCACAAAAUAAUCAGGAAGAAGAGAAACUCUUCAUCUGUAUACUUCACUGGUUGCCUAUUGUCGAUUAUGAAGAAACUAAAAGGCCCUGAGAGUCUUACAAUUACAAUGGUAAGCUACAUGGGAAAUCUGAGGGUUGCCGUUGGCUCAGAGAAAGGGUUCAUAGAUCCCCACAAGUUCAAGUCGUGUGUGAUCAAUGCCUUUGAGAUGACACUCCAAGCGGCACAUGACAUUCCCACAUGAAAAUAUAUAAUUUGAUGGGCAAAUUACAUUGUUAUUGGAGCUAAUAAAGUUGCAUUUGGUUUUGGAUUCUACACGUAAGUGUCUUGUGAAAGUUUUUAGUUAAAGGGGAAGGGAGGGAGGUUAGGGGCAGCAUUGUAUUUUUCAAAUCUCUUUUAAAACUAAUAGUUAAUAAUUUGUGAUUUGGCAAAGAGUUUUGUAACUUAAUUAGCACUUCUCAGCAUUUCUAAUAAAAAUGUUUAGGACUCAAUUUGUCAUUUGAGAUUAUAGAUGUUAUAAAUUUUUAUGUCAUGUGACUAAUAAA